AUGGCAGAAGCCGCUGGCCCUUCGCGUCUUCACCUCCGUGAAGGCAUCACGCCUUCGCUCGCUCCAUUCCACUGCUCUGGCUCCUUUCCACUCGCCUUUGUGAAGGCAUCUCAAUACUCGCCAACUUUGCCGCCCCUUCGUUCAGGUGGCCACGACAAUGCAGCAGUGCGUGAAACCCCUGCCUCUGGCCGUCUUCAGCACGGUCCUAUGGCUGCUCUCCACGCGCCUCGGCACGCUGCUGCUGGCCGGCCGCAGGGCCUUCACCCGGCGGCCGCCGUUCGUGCAGCCCUUCGCGAAGCUGUCGCCGCAGGCUCGCGAGGCCGUGCUGCUGCGGUGGUCCGUGAGCAGCAACUUCCUGCUGCGCACCGUGUUCAAGCAGAGGGCGAGGGGCUGGCAGCAGUGCUGCAAGGGAAGGGCGUGGAGGUGCUUCCGGGGCCCAGGCAGACGAUUGGGCUGCUGGGCAGGCGAGAUGAAGGGGAAGGAGAGGUGGGUCCCUUGGGUGAGCCUGUGGUGGUGCGGUGCGAUGCGGUGGUGAUUGGUUCGGGCUGUGGAGGAGCCAUCAUUGCGGCUCAGCUCGCAGAAGCAGCAGCUGCAGCUGGUGGUGCUGGCAAUGGUGGGGAUGACAGCGGGCGGCGGAGGAAGGUGUUGGUGCUGGAAGCAGGGGGGUACUUUUUCCGCUCGGACUUGUCCCUUCUCGAAGCUCCCUCUGCUCAGAUGUACGACACGCAGGGCUUUCUCACCACGGAGGAUGGCGGGGUGGCGCUUCUGGCAGGGAGAACAGUGGGAGGCGGCAGUGCUGUCAACUGGUCUGCAUCCUUCCGCACACCGCCCCACGUCACCAAGGAGUGGGCCGGCGAGUAUGGGCUCAAGCAAUUUGAGUCGCCGGAGUAUGCAGCAGCCAUGGAUGCCGUUUGUGAGAAGAUUCAGGUCACAGCAGACGAGACCCUCACCCCGCACAGCCUGAGCAACGCAGCGCUCAAGGCGGGGUGCGCGGCUCUGGGCUGCCACCAUGCCGUCACCCCCCGCAACACCAACCAGCCGCACCCCUGCGCCUGGUGCACCUUUGGCUGUUGGUCAGGCGAGAAGCAGUCGAUGCUGGAAACCUGGUUACCAGACGCUGUUACACACGGCGCCAUCAUCCUCUCCCGCUGCGCCGCCCUCCGCCUCCUCCUCUCCCCCAACCGCCCUGCCAGCACCACCCCUGGUGCCACAAGCAGCAGCGCGGCUGCUGGCGUGAGGCGGAGGAAGCGGGUGGUGGGGGUGGAGGCGAGAGUAGAGCAGCAGGGCGUGCGGCAGAGAGUUGUGGUGGAGGCCAACUUGGUUGUUGUGGCGUGUGGCAGCCUCCACACGCCUCCUCUACUGCUCGCCAGUGGUCUCACCAACCGAGCCAUCGGCGCCUCACUGCGCCUGCACCCCGUCACCUCCGCCUGGGGCUUCUUCCCCGAAACCGCCCCUUCCCUGCCGCCCUCGCUGCCCGCGGGCCCGGGCUAUCUGGGGCCAAUCAUGAGCGUCAACUCGAGGGAGACGGCUAACUGGGAGACAAGUGGAUAUGGUGCCAUGAUUCAGACCCCCACGAUGCACCCGGGUCUGCUAGGCUGCGCCAUACCCUGGCUGGGCAGUCAGACCAUCAAGCAGUCAGCAGUGCGCUUCGACCGCAUUGCCUCGCUCAUCUCCAUCGUCAGGGACCGCGGGCGUGGCACUGUGCGCGUGGACGGCAGCGGCCGGCCUGUAGUGACGUACCGGCUGUGCAAGGAGGACCAAAAGAGCAUGCAGGAGGCCCUGCUGCUGUCGACUUUUGGGUCGACUCAAAACACGUCUCUCCCCGUCUCCCUCUCCUUGUUCCCCGAUGCGCUAUUCAUGACCUGCUAUAUUCAUCACCAGGAGGCCCUGCUGCUGUCGCUGCGCAUCCUUAGGGCAGCGGGAGCUGUGGAGGUGGGCACGCUUCACCAGUCCCUCAAGCCCUUCCGCUGCCUCAUCCCACCCACCGUUGACGCCGACACAGCUGAUGAAAACCUGCUGGCAGCGAAAGCCAAAUUGAAAGGCAGCAUUAGCUUGGAGGGGAUGGAUGGGUGGCAAUGCACGUCUGAUACGGAGUUUGAGGCGUACUUGAAAUCCGUGGUUGCAGCGGGUUUUAAGCUGAAUGAUUGCACAUUGUUCUCCGCGCACCAGACCGGCAGCUGCCCCAUGGGUACUUCCCCUAAGAACUCUGUUGUGGAUGAGAAUGGGGAGAGUUGGGAAGUGUCUGGGUUGUUUGUGGGCGAUGGGAGUGUGUUUCCGACGCCUGUGGGAGUGAAUCCUAUGGUGUCUAUUGAGUCAGUGGCGUUCAUGAUUGGGAAAAGGCUAGCGGAUAGAGUUAGGAAUGGGGAGUUUAGUGAGUGA